CGUUUAAUGUCUCGAUAUGCAAUCCAUGAGUGUAUUUCUAAAUUGUACGAUAAUGAAUACUAAAGUUAGAUGCUAAAGUGCGCGACGGCAGACAGCUGUUUGAUACUGUAACAAAAUGGAGCUUUACGAUACUGUACGUUUAAUUAGUUGUCAGCGAAAAAACUUGGAGAAGAUUAUAAGCAUCGUACUGUAACUACUGUUGCAUUUUUGUGAUAUCCUGCUUGGAGGUGUUUAAGACCGGAAACACCUGAAUCAUGGCGCGUGCUAAUGAGAACAUUAUGGAAGCGGAUAACAUUCCCGAGGUACGGCAAAAAGCAGCUUCUUCACGGGGAUUUGACGGAAUUCUGGAAGCAGUGGGGCCGUUUGGACGCUAUCAAAAGCUUCUUACAUUCGCAGUGUUUUUGCCAGCUGUGAUACCGUCGGGAUUCUUGAGCAUGUCAUCAGUGUUUUUUGCGGCCACGCCCGGGGACUAUUGGUGUGCCCUCCCUCGUGACAGCAGUGCCAACGAUUCUUGGGAAAUCUUCACCGAUUUCACCAGUGUCUCGCCGGACUUCUCCAAACGCAGCUGUGUGAUGCCCAUUCGUACGGACAACUCCACUCAAAUCAAUACUACCAUCCCAAUGACAGCUUGCGAAUUCGGCUACGAGUACGACCGGUCGGUGUACGAAAGCACCGUCAUCACCGAAUGGGAUUUGGUGUGUGACCACCAUUUAGAGGGCACAUUCACCUUUACCAUUUUCACCCUAGGCGGUUUAGUGGGCCCCUUGAUCUGGGGCUAUUUAGCGGAUCGGUUCGGGCGACGGAAAGGUUUCUUCUUAUGUGUCGGCUUUCAGUCCGUCUUUGCCGUGCUCACAGCGUUUGCUCCGAAAUAUUUUCUCUACUGCAUCUGUCGCUUCCUGGUGGGAAUGACAACAUCAGCCAGCUAUACAAUUCCAUUAACGCUUAACCUGGAAAUUUCCGGCCCCAAGCAAAGAGCGCUGAUCUGCGUGCUGCACUCGUUUGCUUACAGCCUGGGGUGUCUAAUCUUUGUGGGUGCAGCGUACUUCCUCCGCUCAUGGCGCACAUUAGCCCUGGCCACCGCGAUUCCCGCUACAAUUAUCUACAUACUGAUCUGGAAAUUUUUUCCUGAAUCACCCCGCUGGCUACUGAGUAAAAACUCCAUCCGCCGCGUCGAUGUGUUUGUUCGGAAAUUAUCGCGUGUCAAUGGCAAAGUGUAUCCCGAAGAAGCGGAAGUCAUGCUAACGACGAUGGGCGCCAGUGCGGUAGCCACACCCACACGAAAACCCAACAAAUCCUCGCCGCUCGAUUUGGUGCGCACGCCGAAUAUGCGCCGGAAAACGUUGAUUUUGGUCUUUCUGAAUAUUUGUAAUAAAGGUGUAUCGUUGGGACUGAAUUUUUAUGCCCCGUUAUUCAGCACGCAUCCUCACCUAGGAGCGUUGUUAAACACUUUAGUCGAACUGCCGCCGUACUUAUUCGCCAAAACGGCGUUGGAUUUCAUGGGACGGCGGAGUUCGUUGUUCCUGGGUUUUCUAACCGGCGGAAUAACGUGCCUAACAGCCUUCACCAUUCCUUACUCUGUUCCGAGUUUAGUACUGAUGCUAUCGCUCGUUGCCAAAUUUUCCAUCACAUUUACUUAUCUCGGUAGCAAGUUAAUGGAGGAUGAAUUGUUCCCGACGGUGGUGCGCAGUGAAGGUCACUCUUUAGUUAGUGUGUUAUCGUCCAUAACGACUUGUGGUGUGCCGUUCAUUGUCGAUCUGGGAUAUACAUUCCAAGUCCUGCCCCUGUUGAUAUUUGGCAGUUUGUGCAUUGUGGCAGCGCUGGCUGUGUUUUUCUUGCCGGAAACCGCCUACCAACCAUUGCCACAAACUUUAUCAGACGGGGAAAAUUACGGAAAAAACAUGCCAUGGAAAGCGCAUUUUCGCUUUUUUCCUGUGCGCCCACAAGAAAACAAUAAAGCGGCGGCACUGGAGAACAAGAUCGGCAGUGCUGACUGCUGAGCAUAUGGGACUGCCGGCCUGAAACAGUGGCAUCGACUUUUUAGCCCUACCGCUGAUGUGGUAAAGGGAAAAUAACUUCGCUGUAUACUAAGUACAUUAAUAUUAUGGAUAUCAUUAUUUUUUGUAAAUUCUGGAUCACGGCUUGUGCGGUUUUGUGCGUUUUUCAUGUUACUCGUAUCGUUUGAUGCGCUUCUCAAGCUCGAGAAAUUUUCACGAGUCUUGGAUAUUUCCAGAUAAUUGCAACAGGUCCAAAAUGACAUUGGUUGUGAUAUACUAUUUUGUUUUUCCUGAUCGCGAUCUUAAAAACACUUUUA